ACAGGGCGGGGGGUGAGGGGUGGGGAGAAGGGAGGACCGGCCCAACCCGGCUGAAAAGGAGGGUUCGCUCGCCCGUCGCCCCCACCACCGGCACCCCGCGAGCCCCGCCGGCGUUGCUCGUGGUGGGGGCGGCGGGCAGAGCACCAUGGCCGUGUCGUGGAGGAGCUGGUUGGCCAACGAAGGGAGCAAGCACCUCUUUCUGUUUUUCUGGCUCUCGCUGAAUGCGUGGUUCUUCUGGAAGACCUUCCUGCUCUACUGCCGAGGGCUGCAGUAUUACUAUCUGCAUCAGAUGUUAGGGCUAGGAUUGUGUGUUAGCAGAGCUUCAGCAUCUGUCCUCAAUCUCAACUGCUGCCUGGUCCUGCUCCCAAUGUGCCGCAUUCUCUUGGCCUUCCUCCGGGGAUCUCAGAAGGUUGCCAGCAGGAAGACCAGAAGGCUGAUAGACAAAAGUAAAACUUUCCACGUGACAUGCGGUGCUACAAUAUGCAUCUUUUCAGUCUUACAUGUUGCUGCUCAUCUGGUGAACGCUCUUAACUUCUCUGAGAAUUACAAUGAAGAUUUUCUGGCAAUAAAUGCAGCACACUAUCGUGGUGAGGACCCAAGGAAACUCCUUUUUGCUACUGUUCCAGGUCUGACUGGAGUCAUUAUGGUGUUAGUGUUAUUCCUAAUGUGCACAGCUUCUACAUAUGCCAUCAGGGUUUCAAACUAUGACAUCUUCUGGUAUACCCACAACCUUUUCUUUGUCUUCUAUAUACUGCUGAUGCUGCAUGUUUCUGGGGGAGUGCUCAAGUACCAGACCAACUUAGAGGAACACCCACCUGGUUGCUUUAAUCCUAACAAAACGCUCCUAGGGAAUAUGACAGAACCAAAGUCUUUUGAAGAGCUGUUUCCUGACUAUACUACUGAGCCUUUCCCAGAGGACUUAACAUUUCCAGAACCCCUUGUACAAAGUAACUUUAUGAGAAUUUGUUCCAAGGAACCCAAGUUCCAGUCGCACUUCCCAGAGACUUGGUUUUGGAUUUCUGGACCUCUGUGCUUGUACUGUGUAGAAAGGCUAUACCGCUACAUCCGCAGCACCAAGCCAGUCACAGUAACAUCAGUGAUAAGCCAUCCUUCCAAUGUCCUUGAAGUAAGAAUGAUCAAAGAUGACUUCCGAGCAAGGCCUGGUCAGUAUGUUAUUCUACACUGUCCAAGAGUGUCUGGACUGGAAAGCCAUCCAUUCACCCUUACAAUGUGCCCUACAGAUUCCAAAGCAACGUUUGGGGUCCACCUUAAAGUAGUAGGAGACUGGACAGAGAGAUUUCGGGAUUUACUGCUUCUACAUUCAAAUCAAGAUGCAGAGAUUCUGCCCAUCUUUCAGCAAAGGCGCUAUCCCAAACUGUAUGUGGAUGGACCUUUUGGAAGUCCCUUUGAGGAAUCCUUGAACUAUGAGGUCAGCCUCUGCGUAGCUGGUGGUAUUGGAGUUACACCAUUUGCAUCAGUACUGAACGCUCUGCUUGAUGGCUGGAAGUGCUACAAACUGAGAAGACUCUACUUCAUCUGGGUGUGCAGGGACAUCGAAUCUUUCCGCUGGUUUGCAGAUUUGCUCUGUAUGUUGCAUAGCAAGCUCUGGCAAGAGAAUCGACCAGACUAUAUAAACAUCCAGCUGUACCUCAGUCAAACAGAUGGAAUACAGAAAAUAAUAGGUGAAAAAUACCAAGCCCUGAACUCGAGGCUUUUGAUUGGACGACCCCGCUGGAAACUCCUCUUUGAUGAAAUAGCAAAGUAUAACAGGCGGAAGACCAUUGGAGUUUUCUGUUGUGGACCAAGCAAGAUGUCUAAGGCACUUCAUAAACUGAGCAACAGCAGCAACCCUUACGGGACAAGGUUUGAGUAUAAUAAAGAAUCCUUCAGCUGAAAGUCUGUUGGACUUGCAAGAAUCUCUAAAAGAUAAAAGUGCAAUUUUUUGUUUAUACAACUUUGAAGUUCCAUUGUGGUUUAAACAGAAAUGUACCAAAGAGUAGCACAGUUUUUCUUAUUUAUGAUUAUUUAAAACUCUGGAAAAUGAUGGAUAUGGCAGCAUACCAACAAAUAUUAAGUGCUUAUGCUCAAAGCCAAAUGUGCUCACAUUUGUGGCAGCAGCAAUUCUUUGGAGUUGUUUCUGUUAAUUAAAAAGUGCUAAUGCUGGGGAGAAAUGCAGUUAAAGCAGUUGCUUUAAAAGCCAAUGGAAGUGGAAUGUUCUUCCACUUCAGUCCUCUGAAGCUGCAUCUGUAAACAACACUCCAGGUUAAUCCAAAUGACAAAUCAUAGGACAUUUGAAAGAAAUACUGCUUUUAUUGGUAUACAGACCUUGUGACUUCAGAGUGGAGACACUCCAUAUUAAGGAAAGGAUUUUAUGCAUUACAGAACUGGGAUUCUGUAUUUCAAACGUACUCUGUAACGGGUGUCAAUGUUCCCACUUACAAUAGAAGAGAGAGUAGAAUUUAGGGGAAAGAUGUAAAUCAACAUAAGGAAUAGUGAGCACAACUGCCCUAGCACCUUUGGGCAGACUCAGCCAUGAUGUAUAUCACAGCCUUUUGGCAAGGAAACAUCUGUACCUGGAAAACUCAGUACCCAGCAUCAAUUUAGCAUUCAGUGAGUUUGCAAAAUAAGUGUGAUUUAUGCAGCCAGAAUGAUGGAGCAAGAAAAGCGAUUAACAGGAGGAGACAGGAUAUGAUGUUUUAUUAUACCACAGGCUCAGCGUGGAAGUCGCACUCACUUUGCACUAACAUGCCCUGAAUGUCAAAUACAUUCAACAUUCAGAUGUUCUUAGUGAUUAAUGUACAAUGCAGCAGGCUGAAAUCCUAUUUUAGGAGUUGUGGAGUGUCUUUGGUUGACUGUGGCCCUUGGACUACCAUUGCUGGAGUCAUGCCUGUUGUUCAGUCUCACUCGUCUCUUCUCUGUUCAGUCCUGUUGGUGUCCCUGAAAGCAGCAUCAGGCCAGAUCUGCAGCAGGGUUGGAGUAAAGCUUUCUUUACUGUGGCUCUUUGCAUCUUGUGUACACAUAGAAACUUUGCAGGACGUGCAGUGUGUUUUCAGUGUGUUCUAAAAGGGAGGGUCUGAAACAUCCAAAUUUAAACUCUUCUUCCCUUCUCAUUACCACAGCUGCUUUCCUGACUUCUCGUAGUUCCCAUGAGGUUGAAACAGGCACUUUGAACCUUUUUGAUUCAGAGUAGCAGCAUUUUACUUACUCAGUUUAGUAACCAAACCAAUCUUUUCUUAUUUUCUCUUGACCUCCUUUCUCUUAUUUUUCCAAGAAAGGAACAUCUAAGCUGGAGUCAGAAAUGUAGCUGGCAAAAAUAGGCCUCAUUCUAGAACAUCUUUAUACAACAGCAUUGCUUUACAUUUGCUGAGAACCUGGCCCUUCAGCAGCAGCUCGCGAGCAAAGCCUGUGGUGUCUGCAGCUUGUGCAGGUGUACGAUUGUUCAGCAUCUCCCAUAGCACGGUUCACCUGUAUUCAGCACAGUGCAGUGAUUCAGUGAUUCAGUGCAGUUGAUUCAGUGUAGAGCUUUCCAAUGCAUGAUUUUUUCAUUUUAGUGAAAACAAAUCAGUACUUUGUCACAGCACGGAUUCUAUGCAGGAUUCUUCAAGCAUCGGUAUCAGCAGACAGAGGCAAGGUGUUCUCGGGUAGGUGAUGUUCGGGCAUGUUGUAUGUGUAAGUAGUGAAUGUGAGUUUGGUCUUUGCCAUGGCAGUUUCUGCUCAGGAAUUGCUCUAGAUGGUGCAGCUGGAUGCAGUGCAGCAGCACAGCCCCGCAGGGAUGUUUCUUACUGCCUGGACUUUGCACUGAAUUCUUGCCUCUGGCUCUGCCCAAUUUGAAAUUCAGGAGGGAAGGGAAGAGCCAGAGAUGGACUAAUUUCUACCUAUGAGGAUUCUUUAAGUAGCCUAGAGCAGAGAGAACCCAAAAUUGAAAUGUGAGGUGGAAGCCUACAUUGCAGCUUGUGAUUUUAAUAUUUUUUUUUUAAGUCCAAAUCAUCACUUUCCCAUUGGAUCUCCUUCCUCUUGUCCCUGUGAACCAGAAGUAUGCGGAAGAGUAUCAGUUCUUCUUUAAUUAUUAAUAUUUAUUCUAAUACUGCCUGCAUAGACUUCAUAAUAAGCACAACACUGAUGUCAAAAUGCAUAAUCAGGUAUUGCCUGUAUUGCAGGCUUUUUUGUUUGUUUGCUGUUAGCUUAAAGCAUGAUUGAAGUCAUGACUGUGAUUGAAAUCAUGACUCCAUCUGUUAGCCACAACCACAUGGUGAUCAUUUUUCUCUUGUUUUAGUAUCUAGCAUCUAAUGAUUUUUAAAUAUGGUAUAGAGUCUGCUAAUUACAAUGAUGUUCUUUCUGAUUUCACAUCUCCUCUGAUAGCUACCAGUUCUGUUACUGCAUAAUGAGCAGUUAGUUUUGUAGUCAGCUCUGUGCUAAAACAGAUAAUACUUUCUGGCUCAGCUCUUAGAUAGGUAGUGCUUUAUAAUUAAUAAUAGCACUGUGCUCUUGUGCUGAAUUCUAGCAGGAGCUGACACUGUGUGGAGGAGUGCUAUCCCCUGUUGUUACAUUAGCAGUGCUAUCAUAAGCAAGAAGCAGAGAGAGCCUCUGUCCUGUGCCAAGCUCAGCUGACCCCAGAUGACAGGCUGGGGACUGUCUACCUGUCUGGGGAGUGGUGAGAUGUAUGUGAGCUGUAGUGGUGAGAUUGAUGUUAUGACAUCUCUUCAGUGCACCUUCAGCAGGUCUCUGUAGUUGCUAUUGAGCUGUAUUUGUGUUCCGUUUUUUGUAAUUUCUUUCCUUUGACUGAACCUUUCUGUUGCUCACGUGGGUAUUGCUAGACUGGAUGAGCGUGGGUUUGGUGGAAAGUUAAAGUUUCAGUUGUUUUUUUUCCUUUUCUUUGUGCUUUGCUUUUCAGAGGAGCAGAGCGUUUAUGGGUGAGUGACUGUGACUUGGCUUCAGGAGGGGCAAAUGUUAUUUAUAAAGGCGAUUUGGUCUGCAUUCUCCUUGCCACUUUGUAGUGUUUUACUUCAGCUUGCAAAACCAAACUGAGCUUGCAUUUAAACUACAUAUAGUUUUUAUCUGUACACCAAACAUACAUGAAAACAUAACUGUGUGCUGGCACAUAAAUGAAGGCUGACAGCACUUAAUUCCACAUUUACUCUUCAGCCGGGUUUAUGCAGAUGAAUGCUUCUUUAUGCAUUACAUUUGAGUCCUGUGAGUGUCUGCCAUACGCUUCCUGCUGACAGGGGAAGGAUCCUGCCAUGUAUUGUGCUACUUGUCAAAAACUACAGACCCUCAGUGGCAUCUCUGUGUUUUAUUCAUCAUAAAUGUUUUGGGACUUUUAUUUAAAACAAGAGGGUUUUCAUGCCGUGAUCGAAGCCAAACUCCUUCUCUGCAAAGAAAGCCCGGUCAGUCACUUUGCCUUGCAUCCCCAUUUCUGCUUAUAGUACUCAGGGCAUGUGAUUUCUUCCUUGUCCUUUGAUCUGCUCUUCUAGGAGACAGGAUUAAAAGGGCUUUGAGAGUUCCCUGUGCACAUCCUUGAACCUGGGCUGAGGAGAGGAGGGCGGCAUGUACCACAUCCCUCUUGCUGCUGACUGCACUGCUUAGGGCACUGGUAGAAAUGUUAAGCCAAAUCUUUCCAACAAAACGCUUAUUGUUUUGCCACACUAAACUAGAGAACAGUUGCUGUGAAAGGCAAAAAGAAAAAUCCUCUCUGUUUGAAGUCUCCUGCCCACAUAAACCUGAUGUGAAGACAUGUAUGGAAACACUGCACAGAUUCAGCUUCCAGCAGCACCAGGGGUCACACGCUGCGUCCCUACAAUGGUCUCUGCCUCAGCACUCAACUCCCAUCAUUGUUCUUUGUGGCAAGUCUUCACCUAUCUUGUCAUUGUAGACUCACAGAAUUGUAAUCUCACCGAGUAUUGAAAAAUCCCUUAAGAUCAUCCGGUCUAGCUAUCCACCUUCCAUUAUUAUUUCUCUCUUAAACCACAUCCCUAAGUGCACAUCUGCACAUUUCUUGAACACCUCCAGGGACAGUGACUCCACUACCUCCCUGGGCAUCUUGUUCCAGUGCCCAACCAUGUUUUUGGUGAGCUUGCCUUUCCAGAUAUCCAACCUGAAUCCCCCUGGUGCAAUUUGAGGCCAUUAGUGUUGCAGUGAGAGAACUACCACAUAAGCUUGCAUGCACACAGAGAGUCAGAUAUAAACACAAAGCAAGUUGUGAGCAUUCUUUGCAGCCAGGUGCAGAGCUGUCCUUUCGCUUCUAAUGCCUCUAGCACAGAGGUGAGGAAGCAAUUUGGAGCUGGCUGCAAAGGGGCAGAUCGAGCCUCCUGGGGAGUGGUAACUGAGCUGUAAAAGCUUGUCACAUCCAUGAAGCAGCCUAAGAGAAAAGUCUCUGCUCAACACCACACAUCAGGUUGUAGUUUCAGACUACAAGACGUUGCUUACAAAAGCCAGCAGGAGGCUAACUAGUCAUUGUCAGUAGGAGUCUGAGCCCCUUAAGUGAGAGCAAAGUUAUUAAAAUGCAAUGUUUACUUGUUUAAAAAAUAAAAGGGCUUCUAGGGAGAUUAAUUUUCACUUCAGUCUGGCAGUCAUUUCAUAAACAUGCCAGUGUGAUUUAAGGCAAGCUGGAUCUGUUCUUCUCAGUAUUAUGCAUCUGAUUUGUCUGCAAAUUUCCCACCCCUCACAAAUAAAAGCAGUUUUAUUGUUUUAACAAAGAGGAUUUAACAGCAAAGUUUAAUCAAAAUGCCGCUGGUGCCCAUGCUGAACUGUGCUUUUCUGUAAUGAACGUACAUUUAUCAGGGAUAUAUAGAAAACAGCUGAGGACUCAACUCUUAGUGGUGGUUUGGAGUUUGAGUCAUCUCUGCUGUUGGUGUAUUUCAGUAAGACCACUGUGAUAAUGCACUAGUGAAAUGCAUGGAGCUGAAAUGAGACUUCUCAUUUCCAUAAAGAGAUUGUUCCACCACUAAGCACAGUAAAUUCCAGAAGGUCUGGAAUUUCCUUUAUAGGAACCCUGUGUCCUCUGCUAGACCAGCACAUACAAUGAAUGUGUAAGUUUUUGAGCAACAGAUGCUUCUUCAAGAGCUGUUUGAAUAUUUGUAAAGAUUUCUCAUUCUGCUAAUUGCAUCACUCUUGUUGUAGGAGGUAUGGGAUAUUUUUUCAUCCUGUGGAAUGCUGUACACUAUCUCUGAGAUUAUGAAUAGCUCUAAACUUCACUGUUGUGAAUGCUCAAGGUUUUCAGUGUCUGAAGCAUAAUGUUGUCUGAGAAGAUCAUAUCAUAUGGACAUGGUUUAGUGGGCACGGUGAUGAUAGGCUGAUGGCUGGGCUAGAUGAUCUUAGAGGUCUUUUCCAUCUUAAUGAUGCUAUGAUUCUAUUUGUAUGCUGCAGAAACAGGUAAGGAUCUGCUCCAUUAUUUGGAGAAUACAAGGAGAAAGCUGGAGAAAGCAACCCAUCCCAAUUGCAUAUUGUCUCUUAACAGAGUCCUUAGAUUUUAGGAUCUGUCAUACCCUGUGGAAAGUACUAUUAGGUAUUUUAAGUGGCUCUUUCUGGCAAAAGUCUGUCUGCCCUACAGUCCCAAAUCUGCACCUUCUUCCUAAUGAUCUGCACUUAGUCCAGGAGGGGAGAUCUGUGAGUAGCUCGUGAAGCUGUUGGCUGAGGAGCAAACCAUGGAGGGUGGAGGAGGAUGAUGAAUUCCAGCGCGUGAAUAGCUUGAAAUAUUUAGAAGCUGGAAGUAAAGGGGAAGGUGAGAGACAUUCUCCAUGGCUCUUCAGUUUCAGAAAUUAAAAGCAAACCCUAUUGCCUGGAUGUGGAUGCUAAUUCUCCCUGGGGUUUGAGAACUGUUGUAUAGCCUUUCAAUGCACAACUCAAAGCUAAAGCACAGAAGAAAGCUAGUGUAUUUUAGUAAAACAUCCUGGAAAUAAGUAAUUUACUUGAAAUAAAUUCACCAUUGAUUCUUUCUAGUUAAUUUGCUUCAAAAAAACAUCUACUACCAUUUUGCAGCUUUAGGGUUUGGGAUGGUUUUACCUUGAUUUCACCGGAAUCAUGGAGUAUAUAUAGUUCUCUGUGCUAGAUGUAAGUAGCUUUGACAGGUCAGUAAAUACAUUCUGUGUUCUUUGCUGCUGACCCUAGGUAAGGACAGCCUUGAGGAUGCGAAACUGUUGCAUAAAUGUGUAGAGUACAUAGCAGCACUGAGAAGAGAGGUGCUGCUGCAUUGCUUUUGGUGCACUAGGCAUACAUUAAAAUUCUGUCAUUGCAAGGUCGCAUUGCUCAUCUCAUAUUCUACAACCCUGGGUAAGAAUGGAAGGUGGGGGAGGAAGAGCAAAAACUUCCACCUUGUGCUAUAGCUGAGAAUAUAUACUCAUUGGCAGCAUUUCUUUCUAUUUCCAAAGAUGCUAUUUCUUUUUUAGGGAUAGUGGAUUCUUUCUUGGUUCUGAGUAGUGGUAUUUGCAUGCUAGUGGUAACAUGUUGCUUCUGAGCUGAAUAAAUAACACGUCUGGGUCUUUUCUUCUCCCUUAAAUUAUCUAAAAGAAAUACCAAGAACCAGACAGCAUACAGAGUGGACUGUGUCCUGAGCUGCUCCCAGUGCAGCCUGGUUAGCAGUACUGUUCAGAAACUCUGCAAGCUGAUGGAAAGAGGCAAGGUUUAGGCAAAGAGGAAAGAACUUUUGAAGGAGAAGCACAACAGUAAUACAUGAUUUGAAGCCAAAAGUAGGCCAUGUCACAGCACUGGGCAUCACAUCCGAAUGGUGCUGAGUCAGAAGCCUACCCUACAAGUAUACCCAGCAUCAAGGAAAGCUGAGAGCUCUCAAAUUGAGUCUACAAUGUGAGAUGAAAACAAGUUGAAAUGCAGUUAGGUGAGCCACCUGUCUGGUUUCCAACUUGGAGCUUGGACCUGUCCUGUUUGAGAGUUUCUCAUAUAGAUGAUGAGCUGAUCAGACUCCCAAGUGUGGGCUCAGUUAUGUAGAUAACUGAAGGUAUGUACAUCCGCUUUGUAUUUCUACGGCUUAGUAAAAGCAAGUUACUUAGUGACUGGGAGCAGAGUAUCUUACUGUAGGGUUAGUUGCUUGAAAUCCUGUUCUUUCCUGUUAAGCACAACGUCCUGACAAGAUGGGGAUGAUGACUGCCAGUUUCCAUUGGUAAAUGAACAUGGCCUGCCCUUAUUCACACUCGUGUUCACAGGGAAAAGAAAAAAGGGGUUGAAUUCUGCAGAGAAUAUGUACGUUCUUUGUUUUUCCUUUAUUGUGUCAGAACAACAUAAUUAGCUGAUGGAAAAGAAAUUAUUAAAAUGGGAAGAUUCAUCCAUGGUAUUCUUUUUGAUUCCUUAAAUGCUUGUAAUUAGUCAAACUGAGAGAAACUUAAUGGGCAUAAUGCCCUCGAGCAGAGUUAAGCAACAUGGCUGAGAUGCAAAGUGACAAAGUAUCUCCUAUCGACUGUGAAAUAUCGUUGUCUAUUGGAGCUGGAGGCAUCGGUGCUUUCGUUAGUCUCAGAGUAUUCCAUGGAGACCUAGUGGGAGCUGACCUUUCAGCUACCCCACUUCUUCCCUGUAUACCUCCAGUCUUCAUCUGGGUUUGGUGUUCUUGCCUCUAGAUGACUGGAAACAGCCUUGUAUGUAUAUCCCCAAAUCACAGAAUCACAAAAUGGUUUGGGUCAGAGGGGGCAUUUAAAGAUCAUCUAGUUUCCUUUUCUGCUGUCAGUCCCCUCCCUCAGCAUCUUGUUUGUGUCAGGAAGCUCCCCUUGCUUCCCUUCACUUGGGAAAAUGAUAUAAUGGGAAAUAGUUUAUUUUACUCACAGCCGUAUUCAUAGCCAUAGCCACAGCCUAGUCUUCAGCCUUUAUAAUGCUCCCAAUGUAUCUAGUCACCUUGAAUAGCAUUAGUGAAGUGGAUGCAUGAUCCUAGCCCUGAAAUGCUUUUCUAAAAUGGGAGGAGAGGUCAUGCCAUGAUGAUGGGUAAACAGGAAGAACGCACAAUAGCCAAGAUUAUAUCAUCAUCUGGAUAAGAAACGGGAACCCAUUUUGUGAAAUUCAGACUGUGGCCAUCAGUGAAAUUAAGUCAUGUUUCUGCUUUCACACAUUGGCACUGCAAGACAGAGGUCAGUGAUGGAAGAGUUUGCUUCUUUCAAUUACAUUCUCUAUUUCCAUGCAACUCCUAGCCUAUCAAUGGCAUAUAAAUUCCUCCUUUCACUGAUUAAAUAUUUCCUCACCUGAUUUCUUUGCUUCAGGGAGCUUGAGAGCUCCCUGUUCAUAAAGGGAAAGAGGGAUUGUGCUGUUAAGCAGACAGCUCCCAGCACAUAUGUUCUGCUCUGCAUCUUUGAGGAGGCACUGAUGCUUCUGCAACUGCAGAGGGGCAAUUUUAUUGAGAUUCAGAGGCAGCCAAGAGCCUCUUCCAGGAUUUCGAUGUUGAUGAAGCUCUGGGUUAAUUAAUUAGCCUUUUUUUCUGAAACAAGAAGCUUUAGCCCAUCUGUGCCAGGCUGUGAAACCCUUAAUCCUACUUAGCUUUUCUUUCCCCAUGUUCCUUUCAGUCAUUUGCAAGAGUGAAUUUGAUGAAGCACAUUCGGGUAAGGAAAAAUUUCCUGAUCUGUGAGAAUUUAGGGCAAAAGUCCUAACUGUGACGUUUCCCUCAAACUGAGAACCAAGGAGAUGGAUAGUUUGGGCCAGCUAUAUUUAUUUCAUAACGUGCAAAUGGUUUUGUUUGUGGUUGUUUUUUGUUUAUUUUAUUUCUGGUUCUAUUUUUAUAUUGUUUAAAUAAAUACGUUUUAGUUUCAGAGCAACAACAACAGACAAAUACAUAUAUAUAUAUAUACUUAGAAAAUAUCAUGAUGUCCCAAACAUAUCUGUUUAUUUUAAAAAAACCCUUUAAAGUUGUUUUGAAGGUGAGAAACUUCUGGAAGCCAAGACUCUCCAAAUUCUGCUGCAAGAAGCUGUUAUUUUCUCAAGGCAAGGCAUUCUCUGUUGAUUCCUUGCCUUCCUAGCCAUUUUUCAUUAGUGAAAAAUCCUGUUCAAACCAAGCAGUGCUACCUAAAUCUGAGCUUAGAUAAGCAAACGGCUUCCUUUUAAAGCAAAAAGCACUUGGAGAAGUUUGUCUCCCUGAGCCCUCAAGAUGAUGUCUGAGGCACAUUUAGACUUGGGUGCUCAAGCCCAGAAGUGAGCAGGCUACCAAGGGCUUGCUCGUGUACUGGGGGCAGAGAGCAUGUUGGGCAUUAGGCUUCAGCCACGGGUUAGAUUAUCUCAUAAUGGUGUAUGAGGUGAUGAGGAUAUACAGGAGGAAGGGAGGAAGACUUAUUUUUUCUUUGGUGUAGGAGGUAGGAAGACCAAUUUUAUCUCAUUUAGGAUAGCUAUCUGGGACUCAUUAGCUGUGUGAAUUACACACAGCUGGUCCAAGAAUUUGACUGCGCUGAUACAAGCAUCGGUGUCCAAUGGAGGCCUUGGUCUGUGGUCCCAAUUGAUCAGAUCAACAAACCAUUCUCAGGAAAGACGAUGGACUCUAGAUGGAUAUAUUGCCGUUACUAAAAUUUGGAAAGCACAGUAAAUGCUUUCAGCUUUCUAGGUUUCGUAUAGGAACUGAGUCUCGGAAGUAGCUAUUUCCAGUUAGUGUGAUGAUAUGAUGAGAAAUCUCUGUAGAUGCAGAUCUUGGCUGUUCCACCACUGGCCACUUUCAUUCCUUGUUCUCCAGCAGUCUUCCAAGUCCUAAAAGAAAGAGGGCUGAAAAUUCUUCUCCAGAAUUUCCAAUUCUGCAAUUGAAUAAUUUUCCUGGUUGACUGAAAUAAUAAAAAAUACUUAAAAAGAAGACAGCAUUUACUUUUAUCUGUAUACAGUGUACACAGUAACUGUUUUAGAAAGUACUGGUAUAAAUGUCCACACUUUUGAGUACUCUGUGUUCUUUUCAGAGAUGCCUGUUUACGUUAAUGCAAAUUCAAUCUGUUCUUAUGUUUUUAUAGAUCAAGAUGUGGUAUGAUUCUUUGAAGAGAAAUAAUUGCUUAGUUUCCAAGUGGAAUAGACACCAAAAUUUGGUCCUGAACUUUUAUUUUUUAAUGUUUCCCCCAGGCUUGACUUCAAGAACAAGGGCAGCACUCAGUAGGUUCCUGUCAUACUCUUGCCAUAUGAAAUAGCCCUUUUGUAGCUUUACUUUGCUGACCCAUAUCCUGACACAGGAACUGUGUUUCCCUGUCUGGGUUUAGAUAGGUCACUAACCUAAGUGCGUGCCAGUAGAACUUCUUCAAAGAGUAAGCAAUAAGCUUCUGGACUCUGCUCAUUCCCAUCAAAUGAAGCAGACCUUUUAUCAGUUAGAUAUAUAACAAGACUGAGCUAGAAGAGUGAUCAUAAGAAGUCUUCUUUUUUUUUUUUUCCUUUUCUCCUAAGUUGCAUGCAGAAUUUUUUUUCCAUAGAGUCCCUUUCUUAGGUACACAGUGUUGUGAGGGUAUAUGCAAGCUAUUGGCUAAAGAAAGGAUCAGACAGAAAGAAUUCCUGGGCACUAUUCCAUGUUCUCACUGAGUUUCCUUACAUACUCCUCUUAGGAUUUUCAGUAACGUGAGGUAUCCAGGGUCAGUGAGGUUUCAGUGCCCAACUGCACUGAGCUUCUUGCUAAAACCCCAUCCUUGUUUUUUUGCCAUGAUCACAAUUGGUGAAAAGUUUUAUGGAUUUGCCUGGCAUCACGAUCUGUUGUUAUACCAAGUGCUCAUGAAUCCCUAAAUAAAUUACUCUUUCCAAAUUUGUUUACCUUAAUGGCAGGAUCCUGGUUGCAUUAAAGAAAAUAUGCUUAAUUUCCAAAAAUAGAAGGCUGAAUUAGCCAUUUCAUAUUAAUGGCAAUCCUGCUAAGGAAAUUAUUUGGCUACUGAGUUCUUCUGCUGUUCAGAUGUUAUUGUUGCAUUCUGUUAUAUUAUUAUCAGGACAGCCUAACUUGAGUUUAUGUCUUGUAUUGUAUCUGUCAAAGCACCAUCCAUUUAUUCAUCAUGUAAUUAUAGCACUGUACUUUCGAGGUAUUUGCUUUACAGGAAACUUUAUGACUUUGGAAUAAACAAGCAUUCCAAGAUCAAGCAAAA